AUGGCAUCUUGGGUUUCCAAGAAGUCGAUGAAGUUGUCAAAAAAGUGCGUCUCUGCGGCGAUCUUUCAGAAGGUAUUGAAAGCAGUCUCGGCCAAGGAAGUCUGGGACAUACUGCAAGAGGGAUAUGGAAAUUUUGGAAAAGUUAAGAAGGUCAUAUUACAAUCCCUGCAAAGGCAAUAUGAGCUCUUGAGUAUGAGAGAGCAAGAAACGAUUGAAGAAUACGUUGGAAGGAUUCAGAUCGUGGUAAAUGCAAUGCGGGCUUGUGACAAGAUUGUUAAAGAAAAGAAGAUUGUCGAGAAAAUUUUAAGAACAUUGACACCCCAGUAUGACUACAUCGUUGUGGCUGUAGAAGAAAGCAAAGACCUAGAAACGAUGAGAGUGGAAGAACUACAUAACUCUCUUGCAGCGCAUGAGCAGCGUUUGAUUGAGAGAAAGACUGCAGAGAAGAGUGCUACACAGAGCACAAACCAAGCGCUGCAAGCCAGAAAUGUUCAAAGUUUCAGGAGCUGA